AUGAUGCACGCCACGACUCGCUGGCAGCAACUGCUCUAUCUGUAUGGUGGAGACCAGCCGUGGGACUCCUUGUUAUGGGUCACUUCAGAUGAUCGCGUCCGUGGAGGCGCCAGUCAGUCCCACCUCUCCGUGAUAAACCCCGAAAAGGCCCGGUUCUACGGCCAUCUCGAUACCCAGACGCUUGGUGGUGCCGGCUUCGCAUCGCAGCAUAGCUUGGGGGUGUUGGACUGGGACCUGUCGGGCUAUGAGGGCAUCAUCGUUUCGGUGGCCGAGGCCGAUGGCAAACGAUACGCGCUGACGCUCAAGGACGAGAUACCCCCGAAGAGGGGCGACGGGCGUGAGGAGGCUGGUAUCAGCUGGGAGGCCGAGUUCACGGUCUCGGAGGGCGGAUCGGAGAUUGACUUGAAGACGGUGUUUUUGCCGUGGUCUGCGUUUAAGCCGACGUAUCGAGGCAGGCCGAAGCCGGAUGCGAAGCCGCUGGACCUGUCUAAUGUCAAGCGAGUUGGGUUGAUGAUGCGAAGUUUCUUUGGAGACCAAGAGGGGGACUUCUCCAUCGAAAUCCAUGCUAUUGCUGCUAAGCGAGAGAUUGAGGAGGAAGAAGAGGACGACGAUCCUAAGGCUGUUGUUGAAGCUGCGGCGUUGGACCAAGUGCAAAAUCGCCGGCGUAGUUGGUUUCGACGGUUAUUAUGUGGGUUAAUUUGA